AUGGCUUCUACUUCCACUCAUAAUGGGUUUUAUGUACUUAUGCUAAUUGGUAUAGUGGCUAGCACUAUGGUGGCUACCUGUGCUGGUAGCUUUUACCAAGACUUUGAACUAACAUGGGGUGGUAACCGUGCUAAGAUAUUCAAUAAGGGUCAGCUUCUCUCUCUAUCACUUGACCAAGUCUCUGGCUCUGGCUUCCAAUCAAAGAAAGAGUACCUAUUUGGCAGGAUUGAUAUGCAGCUCAAGCUUGUUGCCGGCAACUCUGCUGGCACUGUCACUGCUUACUAUUUGUCAUCCCAAGGGCCAACACACGAUGAGAUUGAUUUUGAGUUUUUGGGAAACCUAAGUGGGGACCCUUACAUUCUCCACACAAACAUCUUCACCCAAGGCAAAGGUAACAGAGAACAACAGUUCUACCUCUGGUUCGACCCCACCAGAAACUUCCACACUUACUCUAUCAUUUGGAACCCCCAGCACAUCAUAUUCUCGGUUGACAACAUACCCAUUAGGGUAUUCAAGAAUGCUGAAUCUCUUGGUGUUCCUUUUCCAAAGAACCAGCCCAUGAGAAUAUAUUCUAGCCUGUGGAAUGCUGAUGACUGGGCCACCAGAGGUGGAUUGGUGAAAACUGAUUGGUCCAAAGCACCUUUUACAGCAUACUACCGUAAUUUCAAAGCCACUGAGUACUCAUCCAAGUCUUCCAUUUCAAAUUCUGGUGCUGAAUGGGGUGCAAAUGAACUUGAUGCUUAUGGCAGAAGAAGACUGAGAUGGGUUCAGAGGUAUUUCAUGAUCUAUAACUACUGCAAUGAUCUUAAGCGAUUCCCACAAGGUCUUCCUGCUGAGUGCAGGCGCUCAAGGUUCUAA